GCAUUCUUUUCUCAGCUCCUCGUGUGUCGAUGCCGCUUAAUUCUCGGCAAUGUCGCUCUCCGACGCUCGAGAUUGAACUUGUUUUGCUGCCGUAAGCCACGCCUCUCUUUAUUUUCUUUCUCCUCCCUUUUCUCUCUACCAAAUCAUUCACAUUUUCGAUUACCCUUUUGAUCUCUCGCCGAUACAAUCACAAAAUAUAGCUCUCUUCCAAGCUCCAAUGCGAGCUUUGGGAGCUCCGGAAACAGAGCUUGAAACAGAGCACCCCAAGAAUCAGCUCCUACGUGUCGAUAGAAGAUCAGGCAUCAUAUUGAGUUAGAUUUUCAAAUGAUUGGUGUCUCAGGAAUUCUCUGCUUUGGAUCUUUGGUGCUACGCUGGCUGUGAUUUGGCUCUGAUUUUAUCGAACGAAAGGUCUUGCAAUUAAUUGGGUGCGGGUAACGAAGGGUCUUGCAAUUAAUUGGGUGCGGGUUUUACGUUUUUGCUGUGCGGAUGAUCCAAGAAUUAUUUCAUUUCAUUUGGGUAAUUAAUAGUGGGAGAGACAGCCUUGGGAAUAUUGGUAUUUGAUUGUGUAUAAAUUUGCUGGAUUUGGUUGUGCGGUGGUGUUGCUGUUAUAUACAUUAUUUUACAUUUGAUCAAGAAAAAAGGAUAUUUAUGUGCAGGAAUUCUAUAAGUAACAAUACUGCUAUGUGAUGUUUGGACAAUUUUUAGCGCAAUUUAUCUUUUAAUUUAGAAUUGAAGUGAAAAAUCUGGUGAUGGAAAAAGUUGGAGUUGAAUUUGUUGGGAGGUUUACCUGAUAUGGAGGACCAUCAGAGAGUCUGCUCUUACUUUGUGGGUUGGAGAGGGAAUUAGCAGCUCUUGUGGUUGAGAAACUAUGCCUAUGCAGCUAAAUAAGUCUGAGAAGUUGCUUGAUGCAAUGGGUGGUGAGGCGCCUGGUCCAUCAUCUCAAUGGAUCCAGCAACAACCAACGUGGAUCAUUCCAAAUGUAGGGAACAAUGUAAACAACAAUUUCUCUUUGCGGACGGGUGAAGAGUUCUCAAUGGAGUUUCUCCAGGACCGUUUUGCUGCUAGAAGAGUUCCUACUGUACCGGAUUCGGCUCAGAAACAUGAAAAGAAGGUUGUGCUCAAUUAUGAUCAGAAUGGCCAUCUGGUGUAUGAGGGACUCACUGGUAUUCUCGGGUUGAGGAGAAUGGAUUCCGAGUGUGCUUCUGAUAUAUCUGAGUAUGUCUCUGCAAGAGGGUCUAAUAAGGAGAUUGAAAAUGGGGCUUAUGCUGAUAAAUCAAACAAAUACCAAAAGGAAGAUGGUGAUAAUGGACAUGGGUUAAGGAAGGCUUUUGGUGAAAUGAACUGUGAUUGGACGGGUUUGUUACCAGCAGCUCCACCUAUUUAUAAAUCUGGGUCCCCUCAUUCCAGCAACUUUCCCGGGUCAGGAGUAUCGGAUGGUUCUCAAUCUGGGAAGAUGAAAUUUCUUUGCAGUUUUGGUGGAAAAAUUUUGCCCAGGCCCAGUGAUGGGAAACUCAGAUAUGUGGGUGGUGAGACACAUAUUAUUUCCAUCCGAAAGAAUACUACACGGGAAGAACUUGUGAAUAAAACUUUAGGUAUUUGUAACCAACCUCACACAAUCAAGUAUCAGCUUCCUGGUGAGGAUCUUGAUGCACUUAUUUCCGUGUCUUCUGAUGAGGAUCUUCAAAAUAUGAUAGAGGAAUAUUAUGGGCUUGAAAGGCAUGAGGGAUCUCAAAGACUCCGUAUUUUUUUGAUUCCUCUGGGUGAAUCCGAGAAAACAUCUUCCCUUGAGGUUAUUCAACCGAGCAGUCCCGAUUACCAAUAUGUUGUUGCUGUGAACGGGAUUCUAGAUCCUAGUCCUAGGAAAAACUCAGGUGGACAGAGUCUGGCAAGUGAAGCAAGUCAACUGGGAACUAAUUUGGACCGCGAUCCCAGCUUUCUCAGGAAUUCUCCAACGGCUCCGGUUCAACCAGAGAUAAAGAGUGGUUUUAAUGCUUUGCGUCCUGCUCAGUUUUUUAAUCAAUCCCAGAAUAUGAGCAGGCCUCCCAAUCAUUCUCCUCCGUUUUAUCCAGUCCUGCUUCAGGGAGAAGAUUCAAAGAGUGUUCAUAUGCAAUUGCAUGGUGAUAACUCAUGCCUUGUCACUGCUCAACUUCCACCUGAGAACUCAAGCGCUAACAAUGCUGGUUACAAAUGCCCUCUACAGGGGGUCGUACCUUUGAUGAAUCAUCAUCACCCUUAUCAACAAGUUGAUGUUGGCCAGCCAGACCCAGCCGGAGGAGGACAUUUGCACAACCACUGCCCCAGCAAAGAAGUUGCGACUCCAGCUGUUGAUCAAAACGAUAGCAACACUGACGGAUUCUCCUGCAAGAGACCAAUGCAUAAGGAAAGAACAUUCCAUUCUGAAAAGCCUAUCUCUCGCACAGAAGAUCCAUUGGGUCUGUUUUCUGGAUCUAGGGACUCCAUUGAUUCUCAUCGUGGCAUGCCACAUGCAUUUUCUGAUUCAAAGCUGCAUGAGAAUGGGGGGAACUCUGCUUCCUGUUCACAAGAAGGGACAAGCGCAUUGCCCCCCUUGAACUUUCCAAAGGCUCAAUUAUAUCCACUUCUAGACCCAAGUUCCUCGCAAGAAAAGCCACUGCAACCGCAUGAGAAUAUUGAUCAUGUCUAUCCUCAGGUACAGUAUAAGUUGGUGGAUGUUGACUCAACUGGAUCCCAGAGCAGACUGGACUUGCUAAAUUUUUCCACAGGUUCAGAAAUAUCAGGAAGGAAUAAACCUAUUCAUGAGGAUCCUAGUGGCAUUGAAGACAAAUACCAAACAGCUGAAGAUGAUUUAAGUAAUUCUGGUUUGAUGAUACCAAGCCACUUUGAAGAAAAUUGUUCAACUUCGGAAACUUUGGAAAGGUUUGAUGGAAAAUAUCCUUUUCUGUGUCAAGAUGGAGAGCUUUGUGAGGAGAGAUCUCCUGCUACCGGAUUGGAAUAUAAGAAAAUACUGCCUGAUGUAAACUCUAGCCUAACUCCUACUUUUGCUGUUGAUACUUCUAUCCAAGAGUUGCAAGCUUCAGGCCAUGUGCUUCCUGCAUCCUCUGCCAUUAAUUUCAAGCCUUCUGAAGAUAGCCUGAUGGAGCACUCCCAAAAUUUCCAACUGGGGAAAUCCCCUCCUGAUCUCCUUGUCAUGAGCCAAGGAACUGCCAAUGAUCAGGAUUAUGCUUUGACUAUAACAGCGAGUGGUGAACAAGGAAAAGGCAUUUCAGAGAUUGGGAAUUCCGAAUUUGCAGGCGUGUAUCCAAGUGCCAGACAGUCUCGUGAUGAAAAUUCUUUGGCUGAUCUUAUGGCUGGGUCAUCCUAUGGCCUAGCUUCCCAUGAACCUCCACUGCUUCAGCCUGUUGCAAGUCAAAAAGAUAUGGGUCUCCAAGAGCCCAUGCUAAGGAGCUCUGCGGAGUUGUACCCAUUUGCAGUUCAUGAUGAUUCUGGUUUGAGCUUGAACAUGAAUAAGAAUGAUCAUAUAAUCAUUCCGAAUCCAACUAAAGAUGCUUUGCCUAGGAGGGAGUUUUCUCUCCUAGAUGAUGACUUUGUUGAUUACCCUGAUCAGAAGGUUGAGAAUAUGGGCCUUGAAGGAUCUGUUAGUGAGGAGUUAAAUGUCAAAGAUAGCACACUUGUAAGUCAUGAUCAAAAUCAGAUGGUGUCAGUUAUCGUGGAAGAUGUGAAGGAGACUAUAUCUCCUUGCUUCCAGUCUUCAGCAGUAGCUGUCCCACUCAUCCUGUAUGAAAGCAGCAGUGAUCUUAUUGAUGUUGUAUCCCCUACUGCAACAGAGUUCGAGGGCAGCAUCAUUCCAGAGUUUGAGUCUGGGGAUGCUGCUGAUGAUGAAGACAAGACUGAAUCAAUUAGUGACGCAAUGAUAGCUGAAAUGGAAGCCCGCGCAUAUGACUUGCAGAUUAUAAAGAAUUCUGAUCUUGAAGAACUACGGGAACUAGGAUCUGGUACAUACGGGACUGUUUAUCAUGGUAAAUGGCGGGGAACAGAUGUUGCCAUAAAGAGAAUAAAAAAGAGCUGCUUUUCAGGGAGAUCAUCAGAGCAAGAACGGUUGACUAGAGACUUUUGGAGAGAGGCGCGGAUUCUUUCAAAACUUCACCAUCCAAAUGUGGUCGCCUUUUAUGGUGUAGUACCAGAUGGAACUGGAGGAACCUUGGCAACUGUAACCGAGUAUAUGGUGAACGGGUCACUUAGGCAUGUCCUACUUAAGAAGGAUAGAUCCCUUGAUCGUCGUAAAAAGCUUAUGAUUGCCAUGGAUGCAGCUUUUGGCAUGGAAUACCUGCAUUCAAAAAAUAUUGUCCAUUUUGAUUUGAAAUGUGACAAUUUGCUUGUCAACCUGAGGGAUCCACAACGACCCAUAUGCAAGGUUGGAGAUUUUGGGUUAUCAAGAAUUAAGCGCAAUACUCUAGUAUCUGGUGGUGUUCGAGGAACCCUUCCAUGGAUGGCACCAGAACUGUUGAAUGGAAGCAGCAGCCGGGUCUCUGAGAAGGUUGAUGUUUUCUCAUUUGGCAUCUCAAUGUGGGAGAUCUUGACUGGGGAGGAACCUUACGAAAAUAUGCAUUGUGGUGCCAUUAUUGGGGGUAUUGUGAAGAAUAAUCUACGACCUUCUAUCCCGGAACAUUGUGAUCCUGGGUGGAGGAACCUGAUGGAACAUUGCUGGUCUCCUGAUCCCGAUAACCGGCCAUCAUUUACCGAGAUAGCCAACCGAUUGCGGUCUAUGUCUAUAGCGCUUCAGUCAAAGGGAUAUAAUAAUCCAUUGACCAAGCAUGUGAAGCCCAAGAUUUCUUCAUGAAUCAAUAGCAAUAUAUGCACCCAUUUUGUUCUUCAGGUACCAGGAUUUUCUAGUAUCUUCAAGAGAAGCCCUUGGGGCUGAGGAUCAGAGCUUCCUGGGAGAGCAGCAUGAGUACAAUUAGAUGACCUAUUGUUUCUUCUCCCUUUGUUAAUAAAGACAUCUUCAUUUGUUUAUUCUUUUGUAACAAGAACACUUCUGGGUAGUAAAAGAUGAAGAGAGCAGUAAAUGAUGAUGAAGAGUUCUUCUGUAUAUAUACGCACACCAAAGGCAUAGAGUUGUGCUUUGGCUUAUCUACUACAUGUCUGAAUUACGAGUCUACUUUUUUCUCUCUACAUGUUGAGGGGUCGAGAUGUAAAUUUAAUAUUAUUGUGAUGUAAAGCAGUUGAGGCUUAAAUAUAAUUUUGAUCCUUUUGUGUUGUAUCAGUUAAA